CCCUCUAAUGAAAUUAGAAAUAGAAGAAUGCUAUACAUGCGACUAUUGCCAUGAAAGUUUUCCAAAGGAGCAUAGACUCACGUAUCACUUAAAGACGAAACACAAAGAGGUUCCUAGACUGUCGUGCAACUUAUGCAAGAAAACUUUCAAGACCAGACAAAAACUGGACCUGCAUUCGAUCACUCACGAUAUUAAACGCGAAAACUACCAGUGCGAAACCUGUAAAAAGACUUUAAAAUCGAAACAAGCCCUCAUCGUGCACACUAAAAGACACCUAGAACUUUACUCGGUGAAGUGUGAGUUUUGCGAUAAAGGUUUCUUUGGAAUAUCCAGUUUAAAGUUGCACUUAAACUCAAAACACAUGGGAAAAAGUAAAUUUAUUUGCGACAUAUGCAACCGACCUUGUUAUGAUAGGACAUCGUUAAAAAAUCACAUGCUCAAGCACUCCUCCGAUUACAAGGUUCGAACCAAGGUGAAAUGUAAAGAGUGCGAUCGCGAAUUUCUCGACGAGAAAUACCUGAAAAUUCACGAGAAGAAAAAGCACAUUUCCGAUAACAGGUUCAUCUGUGACCUGUGCGGAAAGAAACUUUACUCGAAAAGCGGACUCAACGAUCACAUGAACGUCCACGAGGGACUCAAACCUCACAUAUGUGGGGUCUGCGGAACCGGUUUUGCCAACUCAACCACGUUAAGACUUCAUUUUCGAAGACACACUGGGGAACGGCCUUACAGAUGUACGAUUUGUGAUAAGGCUUUCACUCAGAGUCACAGUCUUAAGGUACACGUGAGACUUCACACCGGCGAAAAACCUUAUACUUGCAGUAUUUGUGGAAAAUCGUUUGUUAGUACUAGCGUAAUGAAAUCUCAUAUGAAAGGGAAUCAUAAAUUGAAUUAACAGCGAUAUUAAAACAUUUAAUUUUAGUGAACGCGAUGAGCGAUGAUUAAUUUGAUUGUCUUGGGAUAUUAGUUAGGAGUAAUUACUUAUUUGUCCCACUCUUGUUUGUGUUUAUACAAACAAAGGCACUAUAAAAAAGUACAUAUAAAUGGCUUAAUAUACACCAGACGUUUAAACAAACUGGUUCUAUAAUAUUUAUGUUGAACGGAUUAUACGGUUGGCUCUUAGUGAAAUAUUGUUAUAAGUUUUUUUUUUCAUUAAUCUUCAAAGAGAGUAAACUAUUAUGCCAUCGAAAUUGGAAAAAAGGCGUACCUAAAAUAUUCCUAUUUUCAUUGUAGAGGCAAUAACCAAGGUACUAUUAAAUUCCAUCUGUUCAUUAGUUCUGUUAAUUACGCGCAUUUUUAAUUUCUAGGAUGUCUAAAGAGUUUUAAAAGCUUCCAUAUCUUCUGUAUCGAAAAAAUAUUUUCUAUACAAAUUUCAGAGAAACCUGCUUUUCUUUAAUUUGGUAUUAUUGAUAUAACAUCAAAAAUGUUCUUUUACUCGAAAAAUAUGUAGAUGGUACAAUUCUACAUUAUCACAAUUAUAUUGUAUUAAAUAUAUAUUUUUCUCUUUAAUGUAGGAUGAUAUUGAUUUCAGAUUGUUUUUAAUUUUGAGUUAUUACAUUAAUAUCUAAUUGAUUUAAUUUAUUAAUGAAUUUUGACAUUAUUUGAUUGAUAUGAAUUAUAGUGUACCAUUUUUUAAAUAUUUCUUAGUAGUAUUCUUUGCAAAAAUGGUCGUAUUGCAAAUCUGAAAUACUUUUACUUUCAAUCCUCUUUAGUAUUUAGCCACUUUAUUGAAGAAAGCUAAACAUACUAAUUAAAAUUAAAUGGUCGAAUAACUAAAAUAGAAACGGCUUAUCGUAUACCGGUGUAUUAUGAACACUUUAUUUUCCUAUUUAAUUAGUUUUAAAUAAGUAUUAUUUUUUUACAAAUAUAUACUUAUGUCAUAACACAUGGGAAAAAGUAAAUUUAUUUGCGAUAUAUGCAAUCGCCCUUGUUAUGAUAGGACAUCCGAUUACAAAGUUCGAACUAAGGUGAAAUGUAAAGAGUGCGACCGCGAAUUUCUCGACUAUUGUCGAGAAAUCGCGGUGAGGUAUUUAUUAAUACCUCAAAAUUUACGAGAAGAAAAAGGACAUUUCCGACAACAGGUUCAUCUGUGACCUGUGCGGAAAGAAACUUUGACUAAACGAUCAC